AUGGACGUCAUGGUGCGAGGGGUCAUCAUCUCCUGCAUCCCUCUGUCGCUGCUCAACCCGCCGCCGCCAACGCCGCCAACGCCGCCAACACCACCGCCGCCACCGCCGCCAACGCCAACACCGCCGGACGCAAAGUUGUUCCUCCCCCACGACAUCUUGGCUCCGUCCAUCUCAACUCAAGAUCAAGUCACUAUCGUCCAUCCAGGGGUCGCAGAGCAGAGGCCCAUCUCCACCAGACCCAGGACCCAGACCCAGGACCCAGACCCAGGACCCAGACCCAGGACCCAGACCCAGGACUUCACACAGAUCUGA